AAUAUUUGAAAUGAGAAAUGUUGUUUGGCAAGAAUCUCAAACAAUGGACGAUAUGAUUUUUCAGUGCAGCAAUCAAAAUUCCAUUUACGUGCUUAAUGCCGGCUACAACCCAACGUAUGGGGACUUUGGCGCAACAGGGCGUGAAAUGAAUGGCAGCAGGACAACAAGAGGCAGCACAAGCAAUGCAAUUGGGGCAAGUUAUUCAAGUGGCGCCUGCAGUUUGCAGCAUAAAUUCAAAACUUUUGGCACAGUCAACGGCAACUCGUCAGCAACAGCAGUAGCAGCAGCAGCAGCGGCAACAGCAGCAGCAGCACCAGCAACACUAACAACCCCAGUAAUAUCAACGACAACAGCAACACAAACAACAGCAAACUAUGCGAAUCCGGUCGCUACAUCAAUGUCAACCGCAAUGUGUUCACCGGCAACGGCAGCGCUGCAGAAAUUGUUCAAUUGCAACGUCGGCGACGUCGGCCAAAAUGACAGCCACAGAAAUCAACUGCAGAGCCACACCAACAACAGCAACAAUUGCUCAGUUAGGAGCCUUAACAAUAGCAGCCUGUCAGCGACAGCGUCAUAUAGUAGAUGCUGCGAUCCGCUCGAGAGCGCAACAGCAACGGUGGCAGCAACAGGGGCAGGUGCAGGUGCACUACCAUUGCCACAGCCAAUGCCUCUGCCACUGCCACUGCUUGGGGCCGUGGCCAACAGGAAGAAAUGCACCAAUGUCAAAUCAACGCUUAUUGCCAAGAAGACAAAGUUUUUGAAAUUUCUCGAAGAAGAGAAAUGGCGCAGCAGCCAACAGCUGACACCGGAUGAUGCGGAUGCCUGUGGCGCCAUCCAGCCACAGCCCAGCAGGGCCAACAGCAAUGAGGCGAAUCCUUACACAGCGUCCACCUCCACAGCCACUGCCACAUUGUCUUCCACUUCUACAUCCAUGUCGGCGGUCGAAUCAUCAUUUGCCGGUCACUCAGCCAGCAAGAAUAACAACAGCAACAUGAAAAAUCAAAACAACAACAGCAACAGCAACAGCAGUCAAGAGGCAGUUGGAGUAGAGCAACAGCAAAAUAAAUUGAACAAUUGGAGCAUGCAUAAUGACAACAACAACAAGUUGGCAAACUACACACAACAACAACAACAACUACAACAAUCACAGCAAAAGGAGCGGGAAUUGUAUAAGCAAACCAACAGGUCCUCCAGCUAUGAACUGUUCCAGGAGGCGGCGGAUCUACUGGGUCUCAGCUGCAGCCUUUGUGAUAAUUGCCGUUGCUUAGACUGCCAGAGUGGCUACUUUGACUGCGCUGAUGAUGACGACGAGAGCUACUCGGAGCAAUCACUCAUGGAUGAGUACGAUGAAUACGAUUAUGGCUACAGCUACGAUGAGCAGAUGCUGCUCCUGACAAGCGCCCAUCCAGCUGACCAGUCCAAUCAGCCAGAGGACUCACAGCAUGAGCAGGAGGAGCUGCCGCUCUGCUAUGCAGUUGAUUGCCAGCAGAAUUGCAUCAAAGUGAAUGCAGCUAGAAGGGAGUCCGAGUCUGAGCAUCGUUUAGCCAUUGAUGUUGAUUUAGUUAAUGCAACCAGCAGCCAAGUGCUGGAAAAUUGUGUAACAUUCAACGAUUUAAGUUUAUUGGAUGCCGAACAGCAAGUGGAGCCAUUUACGUAAAUGCUCAGAUGACGAUACGAAUGUGAAAUAUGCA